AUGUUUAUAACACCAUAUUCAUGUUCACUUAUCAUUACACUUUUAUUAUAUCACCGCUUAGUAACAAAUGAAGCCCUCGUGACCCUAGCAACCAACGAUUCGUACGGUCUGGGGGCAUUGACCUUGGGACAUUCUCUGAAGAGGGCUGGAACCAGAAGAGUUCUCGUCUGCAUGAUCACAAAAGACGUUUCUCAGACUAUCAAAGAUCAUUUGAGUCGUAUCUUCCAGCUUGUUGAAGUGAACAUACUUGACAGCCAGGAUGCAGUGAACCUUGAACUUUUAACACGACCUGACCUUGGCGUGACAUUUACAAAACUUCACUGCUGGAGGUUGACCCAGUUCAAAAAAUGUGUCUUUCUUGAUGCUGACACAUUAGUUCUGCAGAAUGUGGAUGAUUUGUUUGAGCGUGAAGAACUAUCAGCUGCAGCGGAUGUGGGCUGGCCUGACUGCUUCAAUUCUGGCGUGUUUGUUUACAGGCCUUCUGAAAAGACUUAUGAGGAUUUACUUAAAUUUGCUCUUGACCAUGGCAGCUUUGAUGGUGGUGAUCAAGGUUUGUUAAAUUCAUUCUUCAGUGACUGGGCUACCAAGGACAUCAAGCAUCACUUGCCAUUUUUGUACAACGUAGUUGCACAGUCAUUUUAUACAUAUCUUCCUGCAUUUAAAAGAUUUGGCAAGGAUAUUAAGAUCCUGCAUUUCAUUGGUGCGAACAAACCUUGGAUGGGUCACUACCAUUCUGAUACUGGAGCUGUAGAUUGUCCCGGUGACUUAGGACUUUAUUGUCAAGACUUUUUAAAACUCUGGUGGCAAAUUUUUACAGAAAAUGUUUUAAGCAUCUAUCCACCACAACAACUUCACCAACAAUCAAAUGUUCCACAAUCUCCAACUUCAACUCUUGUUAAGAGAGAACAAGUACCUCUAACGAAAAUUUCUGCUAGUAAGCCCAUCCAACCAGUUUCUAUCACUAAGCCACUACAGAGUGAUUUUUUACAUAAACAAGAAUGGGAGUCUGGAAAUGCUGAUUAUAUGGGUCGAGAUAGUUUUGAAAAUAUUCAAAAAAGACUUGAUUCA